AGCAUUAUUUCGUUCCCGGCUUCCAGUAGCCGAACUGUUUGGAUAGCUGCACAAUCAAAUGUCGCUGUGAAGAACAUUGCCGAGAAGUUUGCCAAAAUAGGUUUCUACGACUUUGCAUUGCUGGUGUCGAUGGAAUUUCACUUUGAUUGGCAUGAACAUCUUUACGAGAGGCUUGAACCGUGCCUCAUUCGCUCUGAUACGUUCAGUGAAGAUAUCGUUGGCGCGUCCAGGCAACUUCGUGGGGCCAGGGUAAUCCUCUGUACCCUAGGCAUGUUAUCAAACGACCAUAUCGCACCCUUCCUCCAUGUCAAUCCAGUAGAUUUUCUAAUUUUUGACGAAGGGAGUCAGAUAGAGGUCGGACAUUAUCUUGCAGUUUUUGAUCGCUUUGCACAGACUCUGACGAAGACCGUCUUUAUUGGAGACGAUAAGCAGUACCGCAUGCCGAGUGUCAUCGGCGACUUCAUAUCACGAAAAGUCUACAACGGAAAGCUGAAAACCUGUCAUGCGAACUCCAUUAAUCUACCAUGUCGCUUCGUCAAUGUUGAAAGAGGACAGGAAACACGAUCAGGAAAGAGUUGGACAAAUCCUUCAGAGGCACGAACUGUAGUGCAGAUUGCCGGUGCAUACCAGGCUAAGGGACUCGACUUUCGUAUCAUCACACCAUACGACGCCCAACGCGCUCUCAUUGAACAUGAGCUGCAAGUGGCGAACGUAUGUCAUGAAGACAAAGUAUUCAACGUAGACUCAUUUCAAGGCAAAGAGGCAGAACACAUCAUCAUCUCUGUGGUCAGAACGGACAAACUUGGCUUCCUGGCUAACCAGCGACGAACCAAUGUCAUGCUUACCCGUUGCAAAAAGACUAUGGUGAUAUGCACGAGCAAAGCAUUCAUAUGGGGUCCAGCAGCAUCGACUCUUAUCGGAGAACUUGCAACCGCUCUUGGACCACAAUCAUGGGUACAU